GAACUUUCCCCUUUGCGGUCUCUCGAACCCUCUAUUCUGUCGGCGCUCUGAUGUAAUUCACCACCUCUUACCGUCAUUCGGCACUCUCGAGCCCCUCGCAACCUCUGAUACGACAACAUGAUACUUGUCCCUCGGCCUUUGCCACUGCUCCUUUUCUUGGGCGCACUUCCGAUGCUCCUCACUGCUCACUUGCUGCUCUUCUCCGCAGGCAGGGCCGCCGCGGUCCACUUUGCACCACUCGAGCCUCACCGUCUGUCGAUCCGGAGCAAGACUACCGUUUCUCACUCUGGCGCGCAUAUACAGCCGCCAAUUGGUCUCAGGGUCGAGGUGAUCGAACUGAUCACCAAUGAAAAGAGGAGGGUGAAUCUACCAUCGUGCAAGCCUUCGGGCCAAAAGACGUGCCCCGUCGGUAUGGUGGAAGUGACAAAGCCGUCCACGCCAAACGGAUGUGGUGGCGACCCUUCCAAAAACGCUGCUUCGCUCAUCAUCAACGGCAUUCUCACACCGUUGCUUCAUGUGCUCGUGCCAUUCUUCGCGCCGGCAUGCAACAAGCACGACACCUGCUACUCCAGCUGCGGAGAGACUUUCCAAGGUUGCAACGAUGCGUUUCACAGCGACCUGAGCGCCAUCUGCAAUGCUCACGCAACAAAGGAAGAACAGUGCAAGCAGGAAAAAGAAGCCCACAAUGAAAGCGCCGAGUGCAAGAGCCACGAGAACCCCUUUGCAAAGGGCAAGAGCUGUCUGGAAGUUGCAGAGCUGAUGUACGGCGCGGUGAAAUCAGGCGGCUGCUUGGCCUAUGCCGACUCCCAAGGCCGUUAUUGCACUUGCGAAGCGAACAAAGCCUCUUCUGAUGUCGACUAAUUGAACUAAUCAUACAUGAUCCGAGCUAAUUUGCAAUAAAACCAUGAGCCUG